AAACACCGCGGUGUCAGUGAACGCACCUCUUCACCGAAGAAGGUUUCGCAGAGAGGGAAGAUAUUUGUCAUUUUAGCAUAGAAAGGCGAAACAUCACUUUCUUGAACUUCAAUUUGUAGCUAGCCCAACAUUUAAAAUGCUCCAGUCGCUGUCCGGUAAUCCGUGCGUUCGGCUCAUCCAGAGGCACAAAUCGACGUGGUAUUUUGUGUGUCUGGUUGUGGGCUACAUCCUUUAUCUCAUCUUCGGCGCUGUUGUCUUCUCGUCCGUCGAGCUGCCUUACGAGGACGAUGUGCGCCAGAACCUGAGGGCCUUGAAAACGCAGUUCCUGCAGAACCACGAAUGUCUCUCCGAGGAGAGUCUGGAGGGCUUUUUGAAGAAAGCCCUCGAUGCUAGCAAUUACGGGGUCUCCAUCCUCAACGACACCUCUGCUAACUGGAACUGGGACUUCACAUCUGCUCUCUUCUUUGCUAGCACCGUGCUGUCCACCACAGGUUAUGGUCACACAGCACCGCUGUCUGAGGCCGGCAAGGCCUUCUGCAUCAUCUACUCUGUGAUAGGCAUCCCCUUCACCCUCCUCUUCCUCACUGCUGUGGUGCAAAGGAUCAUGGUGUACAGCACACGGAGGCCCAUCACAUACAUCCACACGCGUUGGGGCUUGCCGAAACCUCUGGUGGCCAUCAUCCACGCCUGCUUCCUCGCCAUCUUGGCCAUUUCGUGCUUUUUCCUCAUCCCUGCGGCCAUCUUCUCAACUUUGGAGGAUAACUGGAACUUCUUGGAGUCUUUCUACUUCUGCUUUAUUUCUCUCAGCACCGUCGGAUUGGGAGAUUAUGUGCCGGGAGAGGCGGCCAAUCAGAGGUUCAGGCAGUUCUACAAGCUGGGCAUUACUGUUUACCUGAUCCUGGGCUUGAUCUUCAUGCUGGUGGUCCUGGAGACCUUCUGCGAGCUGCAGCAGCUGAAGCAGCUCAGGAAGAUGUUCUACCUGAAAAAGGAGAAGACGCAGGACCGCGUGGCCAUCCUGGAGCACGACCAGCUGUCCUUCACCUCUGCGCCCAUUAAGCCGCACGGCAACGACAAGGCCCGGAUGUUCGUUAGCGUCUCCAGUCUGUCUACUCGCAGCGACGACCUCCUGAUUCAGUAGAGACGGCGCAGGUCACAAGUACACAUAUGUACAAGAAACACGUUUUUGCUGUAUUUAUGGCUCUAUGGAGCAAAGCCUCACUAUGAGCUGUCUGUUAUUUAAAGCAAAAGUCAGUCUUUUACAAUCGCCCUAAAGUGCACCAUAGUAGAUAUACCGUAGCUUUGUCACCAAAUAGCACAUACUGUUGUAGCCGCUACUUGUGUAAAUACUUGACAGUGAUGUGGACAUUGCUUGAAGGUGUACAACUGAAGGCCAGUUAAGGCGCUUGUCAGGUCUAGUUCAGAACCAGUGGUGUAAAGUUACUUUGUAAUGCCAUGGAUGCAUAGCUGACUGUCAGAGGCUUUCUACUGUAAGUAAGGCAAUUUUAUUUCAUUUGGUUCACAUUUUCAAAGAAUAAUAGUUUUUAAAAUUAAUUGAAAGGAAGACUGUGCCGUUUUUGGAAACGUGAACACAUAUUUCUUACCCUUUUUCAACGACAUCAAAGAAGUUUCAGUCAUGUUUUACGGCUUUAACGUCAAAAUAGGCACCUUCCAUGACGUGCAUUGUUAGCUCGCUCAUACUAACUCAUUUUCUCUCGUUAUAAUGCACAGAAAAAGGAAAUAAAUAUAUGUUCAUGUUUCACAUAAGGAUUGUGAAUGAUGGCAAAAUUCCCCAAAAAGUGCAGUUUUCCUUUAAGAUGAUUGGACCUACUUUAUCUUUCACAAAGGUGUGAAAUGUCACGCUUGGCCCUCCAUUUCAUUCAGGGAUUUCUUUUCUUUUCUUUUCUCGCGUUUUUGUGCACAAGUGUUGCAAUUGCACACUCUUUAAUUUAUUGCCUUGUGUGAAAUAAUAUGUAUAAUGUACACACAUAAAAAGGGAUAUGAGGUUGGCCUUUAAGGUUGAAGGGAGUUGAAUUUGCACAUGUACAGGAACCAGCCCAGAGAAAUAACUGUGAUGUGGUUGGGAAUAUUUCAGCUGUGAUGAGAAAUGAUUUGAGCAGAAAGCGGAACUCAUUUUAUAUGUGCUGAAAAAGGCAGUUUUUCAGCAGAAAACACAUUUCAUUCACCCUAAGUUGGUAAUAAUGUACAGCUGUACAGGAUAUUUGGCAUUCACGUCAAGUGGGGAUCUACUGUAUAUUUUUAUAAUUCAUGAAUUUGUGAAUGUCGACCAUAUUUUCAAUGUUUACACUAUAAAUUUUGGAGGUUAAUGUACAAGAAACAAUGUAUUGGAGAGACUUGAACACCACAAGAAGAGCUAAAUAUCGUGGAACGUCGGUUUUCGUCAUAAUCCGUUUGCAUGAAAACCAGAUUAAUUUGGUAACUAUACAUUAAAUUAAUCUGUAAAGUUAAUUUGGUAACUAGACAUUAAGUAAGUAAGGAAGAAAACAGAUAAAGAGUUGUUUAUUGUUUACUGAGAACAAUAAACCACCCACACACUUAUUAUAAAAACGAUUCUAAAAAGGAUUCUCUCGCUGGAAUCUGUCUAUAGUGUCCCAACCAUUCAUUAUAGUGAACCACCAUUCAUUCUUCAAAGAGACUGUGCAUGCUUUGUUUUGGCUCGAGAUGAGUUGCACAGUUUAGCCGUGCGAUAACCGACGUCCCGCUGUAUACUUCAAUUGAAAUGUCAUUCAGUGCAAAAUUUGCUGUUUCUUUUUCACACACACAUUUGUAUUUUUAAAAUUAUACAGAGUGAUGUGCCCCC